AUGUUGCUGCCGAGCAACAAGACCGCGAAACAGACAUCGACAUUGGUGAUUUUCGAAAAUUCACGGUCGGUGCUACUGUAUGAUCGAGGCGAAGCGAAUCCCAGCUCAUCUUCGAGCACCGUCGCCUUGCCAAGCAAGAGCGCGAGCGGCACCACCUCUUUGUUGCCAUCCGCUGUGGUUUCCACAGCUGGACGAGGCGGGAAUCCAGCGACUGGCACGUGCAGACCAAAGGGAUGCCGGAAAGAUGAAUUCCCGUUCGGCUACAAGGGCAUUCCUACGGAACUCUUGCCUCCGCUUUGCGGACCCGGAAGCUACUGUCCCGACGAAGAGUCAGCUUGUCAGAGUCUGAUACCAAUUGGCGGUGACUGCGAACUGAAUCGGGACGACUCAUGUUCGCCGCCUUCCGGUGGGCUGAGCUCGGCUCCGGCCGUGAAAAGGCAGCAUGGACUGUUCCUUCCAGGCGUCUCUUCAUCCAGCACCGUCAAGGCAAUUUGCCUGGCUGGCAGGUGCACCUUGGCCAGUGUGCAACUAGGCCAAGGCUGCGUGCUUGACCAUACGCAGUAUCUCGGGUAUGACAUGAAUGGCAAAGAAGUAGGAGAGACGGUCUCACGCGAUGAUUGCCAUGAAGGGCUGUAUUGCGAUUCUACAAGCAGCACAUGCAUGGCAGAAAAGCCUUAUGGUGAGGGUUGCGGUUCUGACAGAGAGUGCACCGAAUACAACUGCAACUCGCGACAUCUUUGCGACUUGCCGCCGGAGGCUCCACAUCGACUUCCAAGCUGGGCUUUCGGCCUGGUGGGGCUGGGUAUCUUUGCCUUCCUCGCCAUGACCGUCACGCUGCUUUACCGCACGCACACUGCGCACAGAGUCGCAAGAGCAGACGAGAUUGAUCGUUAUUUCAGCGAACAGUGGACAUACAGGCAGUCGAUCUUGGCCAUGCACGCCGCGUUCGUAGCCAGCGGAGUUGCGGCAUCGGAGCUGCUGACAGGCAGCAACCUGCUGUCCGCGGAUCAAGGUGGUCAUUCAGCCGCGGCAGGACAUGACGGCACUCUGAACGAGUCGAAAGGAGAGCAAAAAGGGCGUGCUCAAGAUCAGACGCGCGUCAAUAAUGUCGCUUCCGCCGCAAUUCCUUCGAGACGCAUGUUUGCCGAAGAUGAAGAUGACGCUCGAGACGCGACUUCUCAAACACCGCAAGCCGUCAUCAGGCGCAAGCCUGCUCCAGCAGUCUAA